CAUACGUAAAAUGCAGUGGGGGCUCUCUCGGGUAGCGUCAUGUUCUCACUGCAUUGCCUUUUUACGGGAGAUGGGCGUCGCUGGCCGGAGAUGGCGCUGUUGUGCAUAUAUUUUGUUUGAGUCCCGUUUCCCUCCAUGGUUUCUCCUCUCUCCGACUAACUUAGCGUUUGGCUCUGUUCAUUAUACAGCCCUAUAUUCUCCCUCCAUUAGGGCAUCUCUGCUUUAGGACUGAAGAGCCCACCAAACCCAGGACAGAAAAGUACUUUCACGGGGCACGAUGGACAUGAAAAAGAGGAUCCACUUGGAGCUACGAAACAAGUCGCCGUCUGAUGUUAGAGAACUUGUUCUUGAUAAUUGCCGGUCGCCAGAUGGAAAAAUAGAAGGUCUCACGUCUGAGUUUGUUAACCUGGAGUUCCUCAGUUUGAUAAAUGUUGGCCUCAUUUCAAUUUCCAACCUACCAAAAUUAACAAAACUCAAAAAGCUGGAGUUGAGUGAUAACAGAAUCAGUGGCGGACUUGAUGUUUUAGCAGAGAAACUUCCCAACCUCACACAUCUAAACCUGAGCGGCAACAAAUUGAAAGAUAUCAGCACGUUGGAACCAUUGAAAAAGUUGAGCAACCUCAAAAGUUUGGAUCUUUUUAACUGCGAAGUUACGAACCUGAAUGACUACAAAGAAAGUGUCUUCAAGCUGUUGACUCAGCUCACCUACCUUGAUGGUUUUGACGAGGAAGAUCGGGAAGCGUCCUCAGAUGGAGAGGUUGAAGGGGAUGGAGAUGGCGUUGAUGAUGAAGAUGAUGAAGAUGGUGAGGAGGAGGAAGAUGAGGAUGGAGAGGACUUCGAUGAGGAGGAUGAUGAUGAGGAUGAAGAGGAGGUAGAAGGAGAAGAGGAUGAUGAUGAGGUCAGCGGAGAAGAUGAGGAGGAAGAUUUUGGUCAAGAUGGUGAGGGAGAUGAGGAGGAUGAAGAUGAAGACGACGAUGAGGAUGAAUCUGGUAGAGGAGAGAAGAGGAAGCGAGAGGCAGAGGAUGAAGAGGACGAUGACGAUGAUGAGGACGAUGAUUAAAAGCUAAACCGAAAAACGAGAGCUUACAGAGUUACCUUUCCUAUCCCAAACAUACCCACAUGCCCCCAUCCCCUUCCAACAACUCGCCACCUUUGUAAUCCACACUUAACCCCAGAGCUCCGACAUGGGGCAAGACUGUAACCGGACGGGUGGGCUGAGUGGAGCUGCCCCCCUCCCCCUCUCAAUUUGGACUCCGCUUCACCUGACUCAGGCAGCCACCACUCUGCAUUCCACGUUUCACUGUCCAUCCUCUUUAUGUACUCCCGUGUGAGGACUUUGGGACUGGUAUCAAGUUUUUGGGUCUGUGCCUUUUAAUAUUUUGUUGAAUGAAUUGUUUUUUUGUUGUUGGGUUUAUCAUUUUUUGUCUUUUUCUGUUCCUUUUUUCCCUUCCCUACAAUAAAAUUAUUGCUAUAGCAGCUGUGCAACCAGUGAGCCAGCAUUUUUGGCGUGGCCACCUGUUGCACAAAUCAAGGUUGUAGCUACAUUUUUACUUUCUGUAUGAAAAAAACUUUGUAAAUAAAAUGUUAACAUUU